UCUAAAGCUAUUGAUACAUAAUAAUAUUGUUGUAACUUGUGCUAUAUUAUUUAAAGUAUUGAAAUAUUAAUUUUAAUAAUUUGUUAUUUAUAUAAACAAAUUUAUCAAUAACAAUGUACAAAAUAAGGUUAUUUGUUGCACGAAAUAAAACUACAAUUUAUAAUAAUAUUAUUCGAAAUAUUGUUACUCUUUCCAUGUUACCAGAGACUCAUCAGAUGUUACACAAAACAUGCAAAGAUUUUGCAGAAGGAGAACUAAAACCUUUAGCAACAGAAAUUGACAAAAAACAUCUUUAUCCAGAAAAACAAGUUAAAAAAAUGGGAGAAUUAGGUUUAAUGAGUAUAGCAAUUCCUGAAAAUUUAGGUGGAACUGGAUUAGAUUAUUUAGCUUAUGCUAUUGCAUUAGAAGAAAUAUCUAGGGGUUGUGCCAGUACAGGUCUCAUAAUGAGUGUACAUAAUUCUCUUUAUUUAGGACCUAUACAAAAAUUUGGCGAUAAAGAUCAGAUAAAAAAAUAUAUUACCCCUUUUACAACUGGUACUAAGAUUGGAUGUUUUGCCCUUAGUGAACCAGGCAAUGGUAGUGAUGCAGGUGCUGCUUCUACUAUUGCUAAAUUAAAUGGAUCUAAUUAUUUAAUUAAUGGUACUAAAUCAUGGAUAACAAAUGCUUAUGAAUCAGAUGCAAUUAUUCUAUUUGCUACAACAGACAAAUCUAAAAAGCAUAAAGGUAUAAGUGCAUUUAUAGUUGAUAAAACUACAGAAGGUCUUUUUGUUGGUAAAAAAGAAGAUAAGUUAGGUAUUUGUGGUAGCAGUACCUGUUCAUUAAUAUUUGAAGACUGUAAAUUACCAAAAGAAAAUUUAUUAGGAGAAUCAGGAAUGGGUUUUAAAAUUGCAAUGACGACUUUGGAUGCUGGUAGAAUAGGCAUAGCUGCUCAAGCUUUAGGCAUAGCUCAAGCAUCUCUUGACUGUGCAAUCGAAUAUGCGGCAAAACGACAAGCAUUUGGUAGUUCUAUUAUUAAAUUACAAACAAUUCAACAAAAAAUUGCUGACAUGUCAUUGAGAUUAGAAAGUUCAAGAUUAUUAACAUGGCGAGCAGCUGCGCUUAAAGAUAAUAAUAAAUCAUAUACAAAGGAAGCUGCUAUGGCAAAACUAUCAUCAUCUGAAACAUCUACUUUUUGUGCGCAUCAAUGCAUGCAAAUUUUAGGUGGUAUGGGUUACGUUAGUGAUAUGCCAGCAGAACGUUAUUAUAGAGAUGCACGCAUUACUGAAAUUUAUGAAGGUACAUCAGAGAUACAAAGAUUAGUUAUAGCUGCAAAUGUUAUCAAAGAAUACAAUCUUAAUUGAAAUAUUUAGAUGCGACAUAUAUUUUUCUACUAAAGUUCUUCAUAUGCGAAUAAAAUAUUUUUUAUAUAUUUUAUUAAUUUUAUAUAUAUAUAUUUUUAUCUUUUACGAAAAAAGGCUAAUAAAUUUUAUAUAUCAUUAUAAUUAUGUAGUUUUUUUUUGUGAUAAAAUAAUUUUAAUGUCAUAAAAUAAAUGUAAAUAUAUAUGUAAAUAUGCAAAACUUACAUAUUUAAAUAUGCAAAAACAUAUACCAAUAUCUCAUUAUUAAUUCUAUAGCAAUAUUAUAGGAAUUUUUAUUUAUAAUUUCUCUAUACUCGCUCAUUAUGGAAUGAUGACAAAUAUAUUAUUUGUUAAAGUAAUAAAUAGGAAUGAUAGACACUAUCUAUAAUGAGAUUUUAUUUUAAAAUCUCUAUUAAUUAUAUAAGUAAUUUGAUAAGAUCGCAUAUCAUACUUAAAUGCUAAAAUUCACAACUGAGUAGCAUAAAUUCUGAUUCUCCCUGUAUUAAGAUCCCAAAAAAUUACAGUUUUAUCUAAAUUGUAUUUCUAUAACUAUCUUAAAUUCUACACUAUAGAUCCCAGUACAACAGAUAACAGUAUACAUAUAAUUUGUGCAAACGACAAUUAUGAUUUUCUUCAAUUAUAUUUUUAUCGAAUUCUUUCUUUGUUUUAUUUAAGCGAAGAUAUUAAAUAUGACAUUUAAAUUUGUUGGAUAGAGAUCUAUUGGAAUAUGUAAUAUGUAAUAGAAUAUGUAAUAUGUAAAGAAAUAUGUAAGUGAAUAUAAUAUUUCAUUUUGAAUUCCACUGGAUGCUUCUUUUCUUAUAUACAAUAGUGCAUUUGCCGUUGUAAUUUUUACAUUAAAAUAGUUUUUUCUUUUUUCAUAUGUAUAUAUAUAUAUAUAUAUAUGUGUGUAUAAUUUAAUCAUCUUAUAAAAUUAUUUUCAUAUUUUUCACAAACAAUAUAGUAAAUAUAAUAAUAUAGUGCCAAUAUAGUAAUCAAAGAUUUAAUUGAAGUUUAGCAAAUUGGUCCAAAUUGAUGUACAUAUUUUUUUUAAUUUUUUUAUUAAAAAGAAACAUAAAAAAGGAUUUCUAUAGUUUAAUCAUUAUUUUUUUAAUUAUUUUAUUUGUAAUAUUGAAUAUUAGUAAGAGAAUAAAUUAUGACAAAAUCAAUUUUUUUUUUUGAAACUGUUAAAAUAAUUUUGUUUAAUUCUUCUGAUUAUUAUACAGAGUAUAAUUGGAUUUAAAAACUUUCAGGCCAUACUGCACAAACUUAUUAAAAUCAUUAUUAUAUAAAUAUAGUGAUAUUUUUGGUUUCAAAUCAUAAUAUAAUAAAUUUAAAAUAAUAAAUUGUGAAUUAUUAUUUCGCAAUUUUUGUGUCUAAUUUCAUCAUUUAUAUUAUAUAGCAAGCAUUCCGAACGACUUAUUUAUAAAUUUUAAUAUUGAACUACUAUGGUGUUAAAUAACAUUAAAUAUUUUUCCAUCUAAAUUGAUUUUUAUCGAACUCUGUACUCUUUUUUUGAAUAUUUUAUACAUUGUAUAUAAGUUGAACUGAUCUGUAUCAGUUCUCUCUUAUUAUUUGCUAUAUUAUAAUCUUU